AUGUCGUUGAAUCUCUUCUCCUCGUCCUUACUGCGCAACGUCGCGACCACCGCUAAUGUCGGCUUGUCGACGAGUCGCUCGAGCUCAACCGCAGCCAUGAGCGCCUUCACUUCGCAGCGCAACACAGGCUCACAACACUCCAAUGUGCUCCAGCGACGCCGGCUACCAAGCCGCCUGAAGUACCUUGAGGACCAGAAGGUGCAGGGUGAGAGCCGGGCCCUUGAACGAUACCAGACUCGCGAGUUCAAGGCUGGAGACGUCUACGCCCCUCACGAUCUGAGCCCAGCGGAGAUGAAGAAAUGGGGAAAGCGCCAGAGCCCUCACUCGGACGCUUUUGACGCGUUGAACUUGAGCCCAUUGGACAUGUACAAGAACUUCGCCGUUAUGUCCGAAUAUAUGACCUCCAUGGGCCGUAUCAAGCACCGAUCGGAAACUGGCCUGCGACCUGUCAACCAACGGAAGAUGGCCAAGGCACUGCGACGAGCUAUCGGUAUGGGUCUCAUGCCCAGUGUUCACCGACACCCUGAGAUCAUUGCAUCUGAGAUGCGGGCACGUAUGGAGGGCCCUGGUGGCUUCUUCUGA